AUGGGAAAUCAUUGGAUCAGCAAGGAUUGUUGUCGUUUUGAACGUUUGCCUACCGUUUAUUUCACAGUAUUAGCUAUACAAGCUAUUGCAAUUAUACAAGCUAUCGCUUUUCUUCUUUUUAGUUAUUUACGAGAUGUAGAAAUAUAUUCUACAAUAUAUGAUAAUUUGAAAUAUGCAUUACAUUUCGACUGUUUGAUACCUCUUAUCAUUAUACAGCUUUCGUGGUUCAUUAGUGCUAUUGCUACAGUAUAUUCAGUACAGAAGAUGAUACCAUAUCUGAUGCUUCCUCAUCUUUUCAUAUCAUUAUUUCUACUAUUUGUAGCAAUAUUACUUAUCAUAUUAACAGCUUAUCAUAUAAUUACAGGUUAA